UCGGAUUGCUGUAAGAUAAUGGUUCUUUCUGUUUAUCCAGUAGGCCAAAAGGUCAAGAUCCUAAGUACAAUCCAAAGUUCUGGACUCACAAUAGACUCUUGGUGUAAUGUUUGAAAUGUGGUACCACUAUAUUAUGUCAGAAUGACUUUAAUGAGCGUGAACACUUUAGCGAGUGUUUAAUCAUGGGCUAGUUUUUAUAGACAAGAAAAGCGUUCAGUUGGAUCUUCUGACACGAGAUUGUUGUGGAAACUGUGGAGAGAUUUCUUUGCCUAACACGUUUUGGGAUAUGCUAAGAAACGUCUCCGGCAUGGUUCGACGUAUCUGUAUUGAUUUGUCUGGAUGUGGCAACAUGUGAUGAGGAGUUUUGGAGUUAUUCCACGCACUGGACAUUCUUUGUCGUGUAAAUGAAUAAGGAAUGUGACCGUCCAACAUCGUGUCGAAAUGAACCUAUAAUGCCAAAGAUAGUGAUGCAAAGAAGCAGAUUUUGAUUUGAACAUGCAAGUCGACUGCAAUAAUAACCUGAUCUCAAACGGGUACAACUUUAAUGUACUGUCCACAAUGUUUUCGACAUGAAAAUAAGUUCAAGUGGCUAAAUCACUCUUUGAUUUAGCCAGUCCCGUGUGAAACGAAACAAAACUGCUACAGAAAUCAACUGCGACCAAAGCCGCCCUCACAUACUUCUCUUGGACGUGACCCACGUGGCCGGAAACGGAAGUAGGCAGUGUUCUGAGCGUUCUCGGUAACCAUGGUAAUGGGUACCCUACGUGAGCUGCAGCUGGCGCUACAGGAGAAGAUCGAGGAGCUAAGGCAGAGAGAUGAGCUCAUCGAUGAGCUAGAAGGGGAGCUGGAUGAGAAGGACUCUCUCAUACAGCGACUACAAACAGAGCUCGACAAGUAUCGAUCCGUCCUUCCUUCAGCAACUGGCAGCAUGAGUCCACACACAGCUCGGAAAUCGCACCACCCUGGAGUAUCGAUACCAAAUCAACGAGACUUGAUAUGUGGGAGUGGGAGUAACGGUGGUGUUGGUGUGACCAAUCACAAUGGAGGAAUGGUGGACGAAGGCGGGGCUGGAUUCGCUGGAGUAGGCGGAGUUUCAGGAGUUUUACGUGAAGAAAGAACUAAGCGUUUAGCAAUUUCCGCUGAGCCAACAAAUUUCAGCAGUCAGGAACUUAUGUCUUUGAGGAAUAAUAUCGUGCCCAAGACGUAUGCGUAAGUAUUAAAGUGUUUGUUUGAUGUCUGCUGUAUGUAUAUUUUCUCCAACUGUGACGUCAUAUCGCCGCUACUUGGAAACAUUGUUCUCUCAGUCGCGGGGCUAGGAAGACAAAGUGCGCCCACAGGCUCCUAUCCCACAUUCCUUUGACCACUCACCGAUUUUCCGAAUGUCCUGGAUUCCAUACUUUUCUGCUAGUAACAAAUUUCUGUUUUGUUGUGGUUGUCGUGAUCACCGUCGU